UGGUGUUUAGAUUUAAUAAGCGAAAGAAAUCGAGAGGGAAGAAGACAGGAGAGGAACGAACUCAAGAGGCAUGGCGACAAGAUCAAUAUUAGCUCGAUUUUCUUCAAAUUUCUCUCUUCGAAUCCGCCAUAAUCACAGGAUUCUCACAUCGAAUUCCAAUUCCUUUUCUUCAUCUACUUCUGCUGCUGCUGUUUCGGAUUCUUCUUCUUCGCCUCAAGAUGACAUUCAUAUUACUGAUAAUUGUGUUCGAAGGAUGAAAGAAUUGCAAGCUAGUGAGAAUGGAAAAAAGAUGCUUCGUCUUAGUGUAGAAGCUGGUGGAUGUUCUGGUUUCCAAUAUGCUUUUGCACUUGAUGAUAACAAAACCAAUGAUGACAGAAUUUUCGAGAAGGAUGGUGUCAAGUUGGUGAUCGAUAAAAUUUCUUAUGACUUUGUUAAAGGUUCGAGUAUUGAUUAUGUCGAGGAGCUUAUUCGUUCAGCUUUCCAGGUCGUUGAAAAUCCAAGCGCUGUAGGUGGAUGCAGUUGUAAAAGUUCAUUCAUGGUGAAGCAGUAGUUCAAACUUCAUAUAGUAUAUACUUACAUAUUGUCAUGGAAAAUUCCGAUUCUUUUUGGCUCAGCUACAAACAUUUGUGAAUCCUUAAGACUGAUAAGCUUACCAUUGGGUUGAUAUUAAUGCCCACUAUCACGAUGUAACUUAGACUGUAAUGCAAGUUGAAUAGUUGAUGUCGAGGAUUAUUACCACUGCUAUCGACUAUUGCUACCUUUUGUAUUAUAUAUUCAUGUGAUAGCAAAGCUUUGAUGAAUAUAAACCUCUGAUUUGUAUUUUUAAAUUUUUUUUUUUGGUGAGCGAUUUGUAUUGUAUGUAAUAAUAUCUCUGAAAUAAGUAAAUUUUACAAAGUGGUCACACGUUAUUUCUGUAA